GUGGGGCAAAAUGGAGAGUGAUUAGCAUACCCAUCCAGCCUAAUAAAUGCGCCAGCAGUUUCACCUGGAGUCUGUGAGAGUGCCAAUCCCUCCUAGGAGAAGGGGAAAUCCCGAGGCCAGGUGCAAGGAGAGCUAAAACAAUCACCAGCGUGCUCAGACGGGUAAGCUCACCUCACUGGGAAACGCACAGGUCCAGCCACCGCCAGAGAUCUGUGCGUAAAUGCGCACGGCCAAACCACAUCACAGGUGGACCGAGGCUCAACCCGUCAGCCGUUCUAGUGACGCACACGACCGGUUCCCGCUGACCUGUGUGCGCUCCGACCCAGAGCUCCGGGUGACCCAUGAGGCUGGAGGCUGCAGCCAGGAUGGAUGUCUUCAGGAAGCUGUGGAGGGCGAGGAAACUGAUUGUAGUGGUGUUCAUCCCGCUUUCCCUGCUGCCCCUGCCGCUCAUUCACCCCACCAGCGAAGCAUGCUGUGCAUAUGUGUUGAUGGUGACAGCCGUCUAUUGGGUGUCUGAGGCUGUUCCCCUGGGUGCGGCUGCCCUGGUCCCGGCCUUCCUCUAUCCGCUCUUUGGAGUUCUCAAGUCCAGUGAGGUAGCAUCAGAGUACUGUAAAGACACCACUCUGUUGCUGAUGGGAGUCAUCUGCCUGGCAGCCUCCAUAGAGAAGUGGAACCUGCACAAACGUAUCGCUCUACGCAUGGUGAUGAUCGCAGGGGCAAAGCCUGGCAUGUUGGUGCUGGGCUUCAUGUGCUGCACAGUGUUCCUGUCCAUGUGGCUCAGCAACACAUCAACCACUGCCAUGGUGAUGCCAAUAGCCGAGGCCGUCCUUCAGCAGCUCAUCUGCACCGGUCUGGCUGACUCCCACCAUGACUCGGAAACGGUAGAUUCUCCGGAGGAAGACAGCGCUAUUUCUACUAAAGAGGAGAACCUGGAUAAGAACCAACUAGAGCUGCUCUAUCAAAAUGAACAAAACGAAUGUACCAAACAGGAGCUCUGUGCAUUCACAGAGGGAGAGGCAGGUGAGGUGAACGGCUUCGGUCUUCAGCCCGUCUUGAACAAGACGUUUGUUAGACAAACCAACGGACACCUACCGCAGGUUGCCAUAGAGAUUCCAAAUGUGAAGCGGGUGAAGGCUAGGAGAGACUCCCAAUAUCCCACAAAGAGGGAUCAUAUGAUCUGUAAAUGUCUGUCGCUGAGCAUCACGUACGCAGCAACCAUCGGAGGACUUAUCACCAUCACUGGCACGUCGACCAACCUAAUCUUUGCAGAGCAGUUUAACACUCGAUAUCCGGACGCGAAGGUGAUCAACUUUGGCACCUGGUUCAUCUUCAGCUUCCCUAUUGCCAUCAUUAUGCUCGUCCUCACCUGGCUGUGGCUGCACUUCCUCUUCCUUGGAUGCAACUUCAGAGAGACGUGCUCGCUGAGUAAGAAACGCAAGACCAGGAGAGAAAUGAUGUCAGAGCAAAGGAUCCAGGAGGAGUACGCAAAGCUGGGGCCUAUCAGCUACCCAGAAGUGGUGACGGGUAUUUUCUUCAUCCUUAUGACUCUGCUGUGGUUCACCAGAGAGCCCGGCUUCGUGCCCGGCUGGACGUCACUCUUUGAAAAGAAGGGCUACAGGACUGAUGCAACUGUGUCUGUCCUCCUGGGCUUCCUGCUCUUCCUCAUCCCUGCUAGACGUCCUUUCUCAUCAUCCUCGCCCAGCUGCGAAAACACAGAUGACAAUUCAGAGUCUGAUCCACUUGCCCCCAUGAUCACUUGGAAAGAUUUCCAGAGACUAAUGCCAUGGGAAAUUGUAAUCCUGGUAGGAGGAGGAUAUGCACUUGCGGCUGGUUGCAAGGUGUCGGGCUUGUCUGUGUGGAUUGGCAGACAGCUGGAGCCCAUGAGCGGUCUUCCUCCCUGGGCAGUCACUCUACUGGCCUGCCUCCUGGUGUCAGCAGUCACAGAGUUUGCCUCCAACCCAGCAACUCUUACCGUCUUCCUGCCCAUCCUGUCAGCUCUGUCAGAGACCCUGCUCAUCAACCCCCUCCACACUCUGAUCCCUUCCACCAUGUGCGUGUCGUUUGGGGUCAUGCUUCCAGUGGGGAACCCCCCCAACGCCAUCGUCUUCAGUUACGGCCACGUGCAGAUCAGUGACAUGGUGAAAGCCGGCUUUGGAGUGAACCUGAUCGGUGUGGCGGUGGUCAUGUUAGCCAUCACCACUUGGGGGGUCCCGCUCUUCAACCUAACGGAGUUCCCUGCCUGGGCAGUGGCCAGGAACGUUACUAGAGGCUUAUAACCAACACUAGGCUGGGGCCUGAGCCAA